AGUGGUAACAAUCCAUAUACGCGUUUAUUCCGCCACUCUGAAUAGUUAUAAAACCCGAGAACCGAAUAUACACAACCCCGUUAUACUGACGCCUGUCUGUGCCCUAUGUCAGACGCUCCUGAGCGCUAUCUUCUGGCUAUCACGUGUGGUCACUUUUGCAUGCCGGGAAAUAUCUUUUCGAGUUGCCGGACGAGAAGCCUUUUCCAAAGUCGAGUGGCUGGCUAUGAAUCCCACGAUGCACCGCGCUGACUUAAAAGUCCAAACUCUGAGCUGCUUAGAAAGGAUGUCAUGAGACUGCGGCGCGUAUCAGUGUUGUGGGGGCAGCUGCAGUUGGCGGCGAAGAGGAACACUGCCAGAUAUUCCUUUUGUCUCAGAAAGAUGUAUACGUCCACAGAAGCGGCAUCAGCAGCCAAACAACGGGUGGUGGAUCUGCGCAGCGAUACGGUGACAAAACCCUGCAAGGAAAUGCGCCGAGCCAUGGCAGAGGCAGAGGUUGGAGAUGAUGUGUUUGGAGAGGAUCCUACUGUGAAUGAGAUCCAGCGACAAGCUGCUCAACUGCUUGGAACAGAGGAUGCCCUUUUUGUUAGCUCUGGUACAAUGGGAAACCUAAUUUCAGUCAUGUGUCACUGCAGUUUCAGAGGAGCGGAAGCCUUGAUUGGAGAUGAGUCUCACACUUAUAUAUAUGAGCAAGGUGGAAUAGCACAGAUUGCAGGAGUCUUUUCUCGGCCUGUGCGGACGCUGAAUGAUGGGCGCCUGGAUCUGCAGGAUUUGGAGAGCAAGAUCCAGCAUGGCUUUCCUGAUGCUCACUUUGGAAAAACCCAGCUCAUCUGCCUGGAAAAUAGCCAUAACCGGAUGGGUGGGCGUGUCCUGCCUUUGUCAUACAUGAAGGAGGUUCGUAGUCUUGCUGACCGUUACCAGCUGAAAAUACACCUAGAUGGAGCUCGACUGCUGAAUGCAGCACAGUCCUUAGGGGUGCAACCGUCUCAGAUUGUACAGUUCUGUGAUUCUGUGUCCAUUUGUUUGUCCAAAGGCUUGGGUGCACCAGUGGGUUCACUGAUUGGUGGUCAGAAAGAAUUUAUUGCCCAGGCCCGGCGUAUAAGGAAGUUGCUGGGUGGAGGAAUGCGCCAGGCAGGUGUACUUGCCGCAGCUGGAAUUGUUGCCCUGAAUCAUGCCAUGGAGAAUGUAGCGUUAGACCAUCAACAUGCUAAAGCAUUUGCACUGGGUGUUCAGGCCAUGAAUUCUCCAGUAUGUACUACUGACCCUGCCACAGUGGAGAGCAACAUGGUUAGGCUGAUGGUAAAUGGUAAGCUUACAGCGGAGGAGCUGUGCAGAGGACUGAGUGAUAUGACCCAGUUGGAGCAGGACAAUAAGCAAGGAGUGAGUGUGUUGGCAUUAUCAAUGUCCUCUCACUGUGUGCGGUUAGUUUGGCAUCGGGACAUCUCUGAGCAGGAUACCAAGCUGGCACUUGAGAAGCUCAGAACCGUUCUUCACACUUACAACGAGGAGAAGAUUCCACAGUAAAUGCUGGGCUAUCCAACAUAUUGUCUCAAUAUAAUAAACAAAUCCCUUGCACGAUAAUGCUUAACCAUUACACCAGCACUUAUAUCUUACACCCAGCUCCAAGUCAUUUUUUACUGGGGAGGAAAUUCUCCCAGUAGUAUGAACGCUUCCAUGGAAUUCAUGAUUUAUGUAAAGUGUUUUGUUAAGGAAUUACUGAAGAAUAAAAGUUCAGAUCAGAA